CAUGUUAUUGCUUGUUUAUGUUUUGCGGCUAACCACGUUUUGGUAAAGUAUUCACUAGAAAGCGUAAAGAAAUAUGGAUGAAAAGGCUAUAUAUAAUUAUUGUAGAAACCUCGGCUGCUGUGUAGCUUGCUGCCUUCGAUAUCUCGGUAUUAAAAACUCGAACGCGUAUGCCAAUCCAACAAAUUUUGCAUUAAAAUUUCAAGCCGAGGAGACUUUAAAUAAAGCGUCAGAAGACGCUGAAAAAUGUACGGGUAAAAUUAUUGAGGACCUUAGUGAUGCAGUAAAUGAAUCACAAAGCGAAGAAAUAAAGAUACCAGAUGAUAUAAGUAUUGAAAAUACACAAGAGAAUAAUUUAAACUCAAGUAAUACUAUAAAUGAAUUGAGUAACGGUCUUGAAGUUUUUGGCAACGGUUGCUCUCCACCAUCUAAGAAACUUAAAUUAGCGACAUGCAUCAGUUGCUUAGGUGUUUUACAGGAAUUCACUUGGCAAGAGAGCAUUAAUAUGGUGAAAGAAGUCCUCGAUAAGAAGGGUUAUGCUUGCAACACAUUCGCCUGCGCCCUCUCUGCACCAAUAGCCACUAUGUUACGUGAACGAGUCAUCACCCUGCAACUCACUGACGAGUUCCCGGGAUAUGAUCAUAAUUCUCUCACUCCGUUAAAGGAAGCCUGGAAAUGGUCGUUUGGUACACAUUUAUCGAGACACAUCCAUAAAACUCUGGACUCGGGAGCCAUUUCUCCAUUGUUGGUCACACUGAAUAUUGACUAUGAUGAUGAUAUACAGGAAUUGGAGAUCCUCAAGAAGGUUUCACCGCAGCUGUUCGAAGAGAGAAGCAGGCAGAGGAGAAGAUUUGCUACAGAAUUCACUCGUAGAUCAGUCGAACAGGCGCUAGAGACCGCCACGUUGUCCUCUUUCCGCGCGGCGGGUGAUGCUCUAUCCCGGGUUAGCUCUAACGCACACUGCGUUAGUGUCAUAUGCACACACGCGCCCAUUUACGUGUGCGGGAGGUAUGUAAAGCUGAGUAGAAACCUUCCCCAAUCUCCAUGGGUCUUGGAUGGUAAGAGGGUCCUGCCGUCGUCAGUGCAGGAGAUAAUAUUUGGACCCAUAGCCAAAUUUUACAAUUUCAGCUAUGUUGACUGUGAGGGUAGAUUGAAAUUUAUAGCAGCCGGUAGGGAGGACGUUGAUGUGAGGUGCCUGGGUGACGGCAGGCCAUUUGCUAUUGAGAUAACAGAUCCCAAGCGAGAGCUGACAUCCGAAGAAUUGAAUGAAGCCUGUGACAGGAUAUCUACAAGUGGGGAGGUGGUUGUUAAGAAACUCGUGCCCAUCAAUAGAGAGGACCUCGCGUUACUGAAGAAAGGGGAGGAGACUAAGAGCAAGACUUACGAGGCGUUGUGCAUCAAACUGACUCACUCCAAACAUGAUGAUUGCCCUCCAGACAGUCCGAUAACAGUGACGCCCACAGACUUGCAACUGAUUAACGACUAUAAGGAAUCGGAUGAUGUAACGAUGACGAUAUCACAGAAGACUCCUCUCCGAGUGCUACAUCGACGACCUCUCCUGGUCAGGAAGAGAGAGAUUCUGAAAAUGUCCGCUGUGCCUGUACCCGAACAUCCUCAGUUGUUUCGUUUGUUUGUCCGCACUUCCGCGGGGACUUACGUCAAGGAGUGGGUGCACGGCGAGUUGGGGCGGAGUACCCCGUCCUUGGGAGACGUGAUGGGAUCCCGAGUGGACCUGCUGGCGCUGGACGUUACAGCUGUACAUUUACAAUGGCCGCCAGUCAAAGAAUAAAUUAUAUUAAUUGUAAA